AUGUAUACGAGAUUAUUAUUUGUAUUUAUUAUUUUUGCCUUAUAUAAUGUUAGUUGGAUAAAUGCAGAAAUAUCAAGGAAACCAACAAACUGUUCAGCAAUUUUGGGACUUUUAUAUCCAAAAGGUGACAAACUCAAGUCUGAUCGAGAAUUUUUUUGUUCACCGCAUCACGGUCUUUGUUAUAUUCACUUUUUUCGAAAUGCUACACAUUGGGAAGCUAAAGAAUUGUGUCGGUCAGUUGGUGGUCAUAUAGCCAGGAUGUAUUCUGAUGAAGAAAGUUUAUUUCUUACUGCAAAGGUUAAAGCAAAUUUCCACUUGCCUGGAAUAAAAACAAUUCGUGGGGAUGAUUAUAUUUUUCCAAGGAAUAUGCCAACCUAUGCACGUUGGGUUUGUCGAAGAGAAAAUAUACCUGGCGAAUGUAUUGGAAGUGUUACAAGAAGAGCAUUAUGGAAACCGAUUGACUGUAAUACUGAACUCACUGUGUUAUGUGGAUUUGAUUAG